AAUCCAGCAGCAAGCAAACUCUGAUAGAUCAAAAAUGGACAUUGUGGCGAAGAUGUGGAGCCAAUUGGGCUCAAUCACGGCCACCCUCAUGUUCCUCUACGCCAUGUUUGAUAGGUUCCUCCCUCCUCCUCUUCGUCACUACAUCAGAAUCUACACCGGAAAACUCACCUCCCUCAUCUCUCCCUAUAUCUCCAUCAAAUUCCCUGAGUUUGAAGGCGAACGUCUCAAGCGCAGCGAAGCUUUCACUGCUAUCCAAACCUAUCUCAGCGCCCACUCUUCGGAACGAGCCUCCAGGCUGAAAGCCGAAGUCGUCAAGGACAGCCACACCCCUCUGGUUCUUAGCAUGGACGACAACGAAGAGAUCACCGAUGAGUUUCAGGGCGUCAAGCUAUGGUGGUUUGCUCAUAAACACGACGUCAAGAACCAGUCGUUCUCCUUUUAUCCUGCUUCCGACGAGAAGCGUUUCUACAUUCUCACCUUCCACAAGCGUCAUCGAGAGGUCGUCACUCGUUCUUACGUCAAGCACGUGUUGGACGAAGGGAAGGCCAUGGCCACCAGAAACCGGCAACUCAAGCUGUACACCAACAAUCCAAGCAGUAACUGGUACGGUUGGAGGGCAACGAAGUGGAGCCAUGUCGUUUUUGAGCAUCCUGCGAGUUUCGAUACUCUUGCGUUGGACCCCAAGAUGAAGGAAGACAUCUUGAAGGAUCUUGUUAAGUUUCAGAAAGGAAAGGCGUACUAUGCCAAAAUCGGGAAGGCUUGGAAGCGUGGCUAUUUACUGUAUGGUCCGCCGGGAACAGGUAAGUCUACCAUGAUCGCCGCCAUGGCAAAUUUCCUGAACUACGAUAUCUACGAUCUUGAAUUGACCGCUGUGAAGGAGAACGCAGAGCUUAGAAAGCUGCUGAUCGAAACUUCUAACAAAUCGAUCGUGGUCAUCGAAGACAUUGAUUGCUCUCUUGACCUUACCGGGCAAAGGAAGAAGAAGAAGAAGAAGAAAGACGAAGAGGAGGAGGGAGCCAAAGACCCUGUUAAGAAGGCCUUAGACGAAGAAGAAAACAAGGAGAGUAAGGUGACUCUCUCAGGACUGUUGAAUGUUAUAGAUGGGAUUUGGUCGGCUUGCGGAGGAGAGAGGGUGAUCGUGUUCACUACUAAUCAUGUGGACAAACUUGAUGCUGCUCUUAUCAGGAAAGGACGCAUGGAUAAGCACAUCGAACUGUCCUACUGUUGCUACGAAGCAUUCAGGGUGCUUGCAAGGAAUUACUUGGAUCUUGAGACCCACCAUUUGUUCCCAAGAAUUGAGGAACUGUUUCGAGAGACAGAGAUGACUCCUGCUGAUGUUGCUGAGAAUCUAAUGCCAAAAUCAGAGGAGGAAGACCAGGCGACUUGCCUCGAGAGGUUGAUUGAAGCACUCGAAACGGCCAAGAAGAAGGCUGAGGAAGACGCGAAGAAGAAGGCUGAAGAAGAAGCAAAGAAGAAGGCUGAGGAGGAGGAGGAAGGAAAGAAGAAGGCAGAGGAGGAAGUGAAAGAGAAGGCAGAGUUGCCAGAGAAAGAGAUGGAAAAUAAUAAAAAAUCUGGCGAAGGGGUGAAAGAAAAUGGUUUCCUUUCAGCUGGAAAUUAAGGGCAAGACAUCAAUCAUCUUGGCUGCAAUUAUCUUAUUAUCUAGGAUUGUGAAAUCAAUGUAUUAAAUCAUUUAUGAUUUCCUGUGUGCAUGAAUCCGUUUGGUGCUUUAAGGAUUUGCUGUGUGAAAUAUAUGCAUCAAACUGGUACGAUUUACUGUGUUAUAUGUAGACCUUGUUAAGAAUAAUAAAUUAUUAGCCAGCAUAUAUGCUCACAUAA